ACAUGAUUAGGUUUUCUUGUAGCCUCCCACCGACAUAAAUAUUUGUGUUCUUUGUGUGUUUGUGCAGGACCAAAUACUUGUGUGUGAGUGCGCUGUUUGCUUGUGCGUGUGUGUGGAGUACCAAAUACUUGUGUGUGAGUGAGCUGCUUGAUAGUUUAUUGGACUUAUACAGUUCCUUGUGUGCGAAUGAAUUUGCGUGAUGAGGGUAUUGGUUUCUGUCUUCAUAAUCAGCAGUUACAGGAGGAAUAGCAACCGAUUCAAGUCCAGUGACCUUACUAGGGGCAUUUAAAGCCGCAAAUUUUCAGAACAUAAUCCAGGCUUGGAUUUUAGCACAUAAACUAUUAUGGAGAGAAUUGGUCUUAGUUCUGGUUUAGAUAGAAUCAGUGAUCUUCCAAGCAAUGUAAUAGACCACAUCCUCGCAUGUUUGCCAUUAAAAGAUGCUGUGAGGACCAGUACCUUGUCAAAGAAUUGGAGGGAAAAAUGGCAUGCGGUGCCGCAUAUUAUAGUUGAUGAGAACUUUUUUCAUGAAAGGUCACAACGGAAGCUUGAGGGUAUAAUCAAUUAUAUCCUUACUAGACAUGAAGGGAAAAUUGAGAAAUUUUCUGUGUCUGUUGAAAAAGUGAAAGACUGUUACAACUUGAAGUUGUGGAUUUGGAGGCUAUAUCAGAAGUCAAUUCAGGAACUGUCUCUUAUUAUCCGGAGAGGUCGGCGCAACGAAGUACCAUCUGGUUUGUUUUCUUGUCAGCAGUUGAGGAGGUUAAACCUCCGUCAUUUUGAGAUUAAAUGGGUACAUUCAUUCAAAGGAUUUCAUAAUCUUAUUAGCCUUCAGUUGAACAAAGUUAACAUUGCAACUGCUGAUUUUGAAAGGCUUAUUUCUGGCUGCCCACUGCUUGAACGAUUGAUUGUAAGAAAUUUGAGCUGUAUUGAUCAUCUUCACAUCAAUGUCCUCAAUCUCAAGUAUUUUUGCUUUGAUGGAGAAUUCAAAUCUAUUUGUUUCGACACUCCACUUCUUGAGGUUUUGUCUAUCAAUUUAUAUCGGAUUGGUUCUGAGAAUAACCAGUUUGAUCUAAGAUUCAAAUUCCGUGGUCUGCCACCUGCAAUUAAGGAGCUUUUUGUGCGAUGUCAAUUUCAGAAGUUCUUGGCUGCAGGUGAUACAUUUACAGAAGUUGCAACUACUUAUAGCCAUCUGAGGACCCUUGGAAUAAAUGCAUUUUGUUUUGAGAAGGUGGACGAAGUCUCAAGUCUCCUCUCUUUGAUUGGAAGUGCCUUCAACUUGCAAAUUCUUGAUAUAAAAGCAUGUGGCUGCAAAAAUGAAGCUGUCUCUGAACCUAUUCUACAAUUUUGGGAAGAGCAAUAUCAUUCUCCUUUUUCCCUGAAUCAAUUGCAGAAAGUGACAGUGAGAUCUUUCCAUGGUAAAGAAUUUGAGAAGAAGUUUGUCGAAUUUGUGCUGGAAAAUUCACCUAUGCUUGAGGAGAUUACUGUUGAAUGCAUGAAGGAUCCUGACUUCAACCAGGAUGAAAUAAAGGAACAUUUGGCAGUGAUUUGCCCGGCUCCAACAAAAUUCAAUUUCGUUGGAGGAAACUCUGAUUCCAGCAGUGAUUAUUCCUCGGAUUCCGAUGACAACUCGAAUAGUUCAUACUCUUCUGAUAGCGAUUAGUUUCCUGGUAUCCUUGUUCUGAUUUUCAAAGGGGAGAAGCCAACGCUGAAAAAGAAUGACGUCUGAUCUCAAGUUUUUGCGCAUAAACGUUUAGGGAGAUUAACUUUGGUUUUGAACUUAGAAUUGCAUUACAUGGGAGAGUGAAUCGAGUUAGAGAGGGAGAGAGUUGCAUUACUUGUUGCUGUUUAAAGUUUAUAUGAAUAAGUUGACGAAUGCAUUUGCUUGCACAUAUUAUGCACUUGUCUUUCUCUAUUCUUUCAUUUCUGCCCCGAUCGUCUUCAACCUACUGCUGGAAAACAAACGUCCCUCAGUCUGCCCCUUCUUAAGCUCCGCACUGGGGCCUGAAUAAAGAAGAACAUCUCUUUAGAGGUUCCUUGCAGUUAUCCUCUUUUGUGGCAAAAUGCAUAUCCAUGUAAUGAAAGACUAGUAUUAUUUUUUA